CCUAGCAUUCAACAGCAAAAACACAAAAAGUCCAAGUCCCCUUUCAUAUAAAUAACCUGAGAGAGAGAGUGUGAGCCAGUAAGAUUAAUCCAUAAUGUCAACUAGAUUCCUCGCCGUAUUCAUCCUUGCUCAUGUCUGGCUUUUGAUGGCAACGACAUCGAUAGCCCAAAUUGUGAUUGACACAAGUGGCGACGCAGUUGAGGACGAUGAGGAAUACUUCAUCAGGCCUGCUAUCACAGGCAACGGAGGAGGUCCUACAUUCAUCACAGGAAAUGCGCCAUGCCCUCUGCAAGUUGGUCUUGUCAGCACUGACUUGGCAAACGGUUUGCCAGUGGUAUUCACACCUUUUGUCCCCCGUCACGAUGAGGACGACGUGCUUCUUGACAGAGACUUGAGAGUGACAUUUGUAGCUUCCUCAAGUUGCGCGCAGUCCACCGAAUGGAGAGUGGGUGAGAAAGAUGCUACGAGUGGAAGGAGGCUGAUUAUAACUGGAAGGGAUGACAGUACAGCUGGAUCUUAUGGAAACUUCUUUAGGAUUGUGCCAACACAAACUAGCCGUAUAUAUAACAUCCAAUGGUGCCCAACAGAGGUAUGCUCCAGUUGUAAGUUUGAAUGUGGGACUGUUGGUGUUAUUCGUGAGAAUGGCAAGAUUCUGUUGGCCUUGGAUGGUGGUGCACUCCCUGUCGUGUUCCAGAAAGAAUGAUUAUUAGUAAGAUGGUGAAGUUUAUUUCUGUGGUGUGUUUAUGUAUAUACACUUGCUUUUCAAUAAAUAUUGAACAUGUAGUUCAUUUUAAUUAAUAUCAUGAAAGAAGGAAAGGGUUGCAUGUAUUAUGACAUGGAAUAAAGGGUUA